GCGUGAUGACGUACGUGCGCACGAAGGCGUGGGGACGCAGGCGGGCCGCAGAGAGCGUUCUGCUGUCUGCGCACCUUCCUGAAUUGGUAAAACUUGAACCCAUUUUCCCACCAGUGGGCUGUUUUCCUGAUUCCUAACCAUGCAGCGGAGAUCAAGGGGGAUUAAUACUGGACUUAUUCUUCUCUUUUCUCAAAUAUUCCAUGUUGGGAUCAACAAUAUUCCACCCGUGACUCUAGCCACCUUGGCUCUCAACAUCUGGUUAUUCCUGAAUCCUCUGAAGCCGCUGUAUAACUCCUGCAUUAGUGUGGAAAGGUGUUACCAACAGAAAGACUGGCAGCGCCUACUGCUUUCUCCUGUCCACCAUGCUGACGACUGGCAUUUGUAUUUCAAUAUGGUGUCCAUGCUCUGGAAAGGCGUUAAUCUGGAAAGAAGACUGGGAAGUAAAUGGUUUGCCUGUAUCAUUGCCACAUUCUCCCUACUCACUGGAGUAGUGUAUUUGCUCUUGCAAUUUGUUUUUGCUGAAUUUAUGAAUGAACCUGACUACAGAAGAAACUGUGCUGUAGGCUUCUCAGGAGUUUUGUUUGCUCUGAAAGUUCUUAACAACCACUAUUGCCCUGGAGGCUUUGUCAACAUUUUGGGCUUUCCUGUCCCCAACAGAUUUGCUUGUUGGGCAGAACUUGUGGCUAUUCAUUUCUUCACACCAGGGUCUUCCUUUGCUGGGCACCUGGCCGGGAUUCUUGUUGGACUGAUGUAUACUCAAGGGCCUCUGAAGAAGAUGAUGGAAACAUGUGCAGGCAUGUUUUCCUCCAAUAUUGGUUACCCAGGACAGCAGUACUACUUUAAUAGUUCAGGCUACUCGGGAUAUCAGGACCAUUAUCCAUACAGCAGGCCAGGUUCCUAUGAACAAGCACCAAGGGACUAUGAUGUGUACACGGCAGGACUGAGUGAAGAGGAGCAGCUGGACAGAGCAUUGAGAGCCAGCCUCUGGGACCGAGGAAACAGCAGAAACAGCCCGCCGCCCUACGGGUUCCACCUCUCCCCAGAAGAGGAAACGCGGAGACGGCGGCUGCAGAGGUUUGACAGCCAGUAAGGUGGCUCAGUGCCUUGGGAGGGCCUGAUUCCGCUGGGGAAUUAUUGCCCACCUGGCUCCUUCCCCAAGCCCUGAGUAAGUUUCAAGCCAAAGCAGAGUGUCGCUCAUCAUCCCAGAGUGCUCACAUCUGCCUGGGGCCCGCACCCUGCAGCCCCUGUGAGCACCGCCCUGACUCGUGUGGGCUCCAGGCUUGUGGAAGCCAGCGCUCACCUUUCCAGAAGCGGCCCUUCUCUUGGCCUUGUUUGUCACAAACACAAGGUCACUCCCACGGGGCAGGGACCAGAUUCUACGCUCCUUUCUCUCACUGCUGCGUCUGCCUUGUUUUGCUGUUAAAAACUGAGACCUUCCCCAAGAAGUUUUGUUUUCACCAGUUGAAAAGACCAGUUCCUCAUUCUGCCUGGAGUGCUCCAUGUUUGACUUGGCAGGAGGCAAGGAGCCGUCCUGUGAUCCUCUGCUCUCAGCACAUGCUGAUGGUCCAGGACCGGAACACAGCCACCUUCGCACUUCUCCCUCGUCUCGCCAGGCACCCUGGCACCUCGGGGCAGCAUCUCCGGGGAUUUGCUGUGCUCUUGCACUACUCCUUUUUUUGAGGAAUGUUUGACUGAAAAUGGAUAAGAGCGACCUCAGGUAGGGAUGACCCCUGCACAUUCCGUCCACUGCGACGUGGCACCAGCAAUUCGGACUCACAGCAGCCCUGAGAUGCAGACACAUCAUCUGACUACUGAGCAAACAGCAGCACCUACCGCAUGGAGGAUGGGGCAUGGGCUCUCAGGGCCUUGUUCAUUCAGAAUCCUUGCUGGAAGUCUUUGUUUCCUCAUAAAAGUGCCUCUUCACUGGCCACUGUGAUAGCUACAUGUGCUGGACAAGUAUAAUCUAUAGAUUUUCUAUCUGACUCAUUUAAGUUAUUUCCUGGUGCUUGUGUUUCAUGAAUAAAACGACAAAGCCAAAACAUAACUGAUGUCUUAUUGUCGUGGAGAUAUUAUGAAUUCUUAAAGGGAGUUAGCACUUUUUCAUGGUUUUAUCUUACUGUUUUUAAAAAGGGUGUGAGGGUGGGGCUGGCGCUGUGGCAUAGUAGGUAAAGCCCCAGCCUGCAGCGCCAGUAUCCCAUGUGGGCACUAGUUCGAGUCCCGGCUGCUCCACUUCCGAUCCAGCUCUCUGCAAUGGCCUGGGGAAGCAGUAGAAGAUGGCCCAAAUGCUUGGGCCCCUGCACCCACGUGGGAGACCUGAAAGAAGUUCCAGGCUCCUGACUUCGGAUCGGCACAGCUCUUGCCAUUGUGGCCUUCUGGGGCCUCUCCUCUCUCUGUGUA